AACAGAGUGGCCCUGGGGGUGCCCUCUCCCGACAGCCGCCCCGACGCCUAGGACUCCGGGCAGGGAUGCAGCUGGGAGUCUAGGGAAGCACAUCUACCCCCUCCUCUCCUCAGCCCUGGCAGGGUGGAACUGAGUUCAAAUCCCAUGGCAGCCCUGCCACCCCAGGGGAAAGGGAGAGGUAGGAAAAGUCCCAUCAGUAUCCUAAGGGGAGGAGCCAAAGGCUACCAGGAUAUGAGACGUCUGUGGGCAAGGCGCCUGCUUAGUCCAUAAGGGACCGUGGGAGUUGGACUGUGACUGGACGCUCCUUCCCCAACAACUCCAUCUUUUGAAGCCGAGGCUUCAAACCCCUGACAAAGUGUUUCCCAACCCCCUCAAGACAUUCAUGGAUGGAUGAGAGGAGCUGACACUGACCUCCCCCUCUGUGACCACCUUCUCUUCGGCCAUGGAGGAAGCCUUGCUGCCCCUGGCCAUGACCUCUGACCCCAGGCCCUUUAAUCAACAACUCCCAGAGCCUCCAGACCCAAGAUGUGUCUUGGAACCCCAGGACAAUCCUGAAUUGGCACCUGCCCUGGUGUGUGCUCUUUGCUGCUGCUUUGGAAUCAUCUACUGCUGCUUCGGCUAUCGCUGCUUCAAGGCAGUGAUGUUUCUCUCCGGCCUGCUGUCAGGAGCUCUGGUGAUCUUCCUGCUGUGCCACAAGGAGCGAGUACUAGAGACACAGUUGAGCCUGGAGGUGAGCGCGGGCAUUGCGCUAGGCAUCGGACUCCUCUGCGGCCUGGUCACCAUGCUGGUUCGCAGUGUUGGGCUCUUCUUGACUGGUCUCCUGCUAGGCCUAACCCUGGGUGCCGGGGUCCUGCUGGGCACCGAGCCCAUCUACCAGCCGCCUUCAGCCUGGGUGCCGGCCGGGGGGCUGGUGGGGCUGGCACUGCUGGGAGCCCUGUUCACGCUUCGGUGGCCACGUCCAUUCACAGUUCUGGGCACAGCCCUGCUGGGUGCUGCGGUGCUGGUGUCCUGUGCUGACUACUUCCUGGAGGGGCUGGCACUGGGCAGUCGGCUGGGCCAACGCUUGCAGGCACUUCCAGCCUUGCCUCCUCUCUGCUGGUAUAGCUGGGUCUUGCUGGGGACCUGGCCAGCCCUGGGGACCCUUGGGGCCCUGGCCCAGUGGAAGCUCAUGGAUGAGGAACAUGGAGGCCACGCCAAUGCAGUGGUCUUGAGCCACCAGCGAAGGCAUCUCCAGCUCCUACGGAUCCGUCAGCAAGAGGCCAAGUGGCACCGGACCUCCUCUGGGGUAGGGAUCUGUGAGGGCAGCUUCCGGCGCCAGCUCCCCUCCAGCACCCGGAGUCCUGCUGACAGUCUGGCUCCAAGUUACCUCCAGAGCCUUCGAGAACGCCAGCUGGGACCAGGCAUCCAGGCCACAGCCCCCCACACCGUUCUGGACCUGGAUUCUGACUGUGGCUCAACUGUACCCCUCACCACAACUUCUGGUUCUGUCCGAACCUGAGCCUAAACCUCCAGUGAUGCCCUCACCCCUAGCAAGGGCCUAGGAACAGUAGGUGGUCAGACCCUGAGCCCAGAGGACACACAAACCUCCCGACCUCUUGGACUUGGGGAUAGAAUCUGUGCUCCAACCCAGACCAGCCCUGUAGGGAUAUGUUUCAGAGACAGACAGAGAGGAAUCUUGUGGUGAGGGGAGCGUGAUGGAAGUAUGAGUACCUACCUCUGUCCAAUAACAGAGGUGCCUUGGUCCCUAAAGCAACUGACUCCUUAAUUGUCUCCAGACCAAGGAGGCCCGUUACCCAAAUAGCCUUCUGUAUACCCACCUCAGUGCCUCACAGCGAUAAAACAAGGGGCUUUGUUUCUGUAGGAUCUAUAGAAAAUCAGGAAGCCUCCUAAAGCACUUCAUAGCUUUGUGAUGGGGAGAAGGGCACAGAGGCGCUCCGGGAUUCCUUCAUCCCCGGACCCUUCAUUAGGGGGUAGUUGGGUUCCUGGUUAGCCUGUCCCUCUGGACCCCCAUAGGCUCAAGCCCCCUUCUACCUCAGUUGGGGGUACUGUCCUCCAUGGUGCUUCCCUUGCCCUCCUUCUUAACAUGGGGAAGAGCAGAGAGCAGUGCCUGGCUCAGUACCCACCUUCCCCAAAAGCUGGCUUCUUGCUCCAAGGAGAGAGCAUUGGCCCAAGUGCCAGAGUCUUGCCCUUUUGCCCAAAGGAGCCUGGUCUGCGGGGCUGCAUGGGAGACAAGUGCCUUCUCUGCCUCUCAUUAUAGGUGAUGCUAAUCUCCUUAACCAGAACAUUGUCCCAGCCACUAACCCAUUCUAACUCUCUCCCCUCCCCUGAUCCUCCUGCCCAAGGUCUGUUCCCUGGUUCCCCAGACAGCAUGAAGGAAGAUAUGUCCCUCUCCUGGGCAGCAAGGUUAUGAUGGGAGGAAGAAUGUGGGAGCAUGUGAAUAAAAUGGCAUUGAACACUGAA